CGAGUAAUCGUAAUAUUUGGUCGUCUCCUUCACCAUCAUUUUCGAUUUUCACAAGCUUCUCAAUUCUGCAUUCUCUUUCAUAAUGAAAGCUCUUAUUCUCGUUGGAGGAUUAGGAACUCGACUGAGACCGCUUACCUUAAGCACACCAAAACCGCUUGUUGAAUUUGCAAACAAGCCAAUGAUUUUGCAUCAGAUUGAAGCUCUAAAAGCAGCUGGAGUGACUGAAAUUGUAUUAGCUAUCAAUCACCAACAACCAGAGGUCAUGUUGAAUUUUGUGAAAGAAUAUGAGAAGAAGCUUGAGAUGAAGAUUACGUUUUCUCAAGAAACAGAACCACUCGGGACAGCAGGGCCUCUGGCGCUGGCUCGGGAUAAACUGGUCGAUGAAGAAUCAAGCGAGCCAUUCUUUGUACUAAACAGCGAUAUUAUCUGUGAAUAUCCAUUGCUUGAGAUGAUCGAGUUUCACAAGACUCACGGUGCUGAGGCUUCAAUCAUGGUGACCAAAGUCGAUGAUCCUUCCAAAUACGGCGUGGUGGUCACGGAAGAAGAAGAAGAAGCUUCAGCGAGAGUUGAAAGUUUUGUGGAGAAACCAAAACAUUUUGUAGGGGACAAGAUCAACGCAGGGAUAUACCUCUUGAAUCCAUCUGUUCUAGACAGGAUUGAGCUGAGAAAGACGUCGAUAGAGAAAGAGAUAUUCCCUAGAAUAGCAUCAGAGAAGAAGCUUUACGCUAUGGUACUUCCAGGGUUUUGGAUGGACAUUGGUCAGCCAAAAGAUUACAUAACCGGGCAGAGAAUGUAUUUAGAUUCUCUAAGAAAGAAAGCAUCUGAGGAACUGGUUACAGGGGAUCAUAUAGUUGGGAAUGUUUUGGUGGAUGAAACAGCGGUUAUAGGAGAAGGAUGCUUGAUCGGACCUGAUGUUGUGAUUGGUCCGGGAUGUGUUAUUGAAUCAGGUGUGAGACUGUUGAGUUGUACUGUGAUGCGUGGUGCUCUGAUCAAGAAAGAUGCUUUUGUGUCUGAUAGUAUCGUGGGAUGGGAUUCGACCGUUGGAAGAUCGGCUCGGGUGGUUAACAUUUCGGUUCUUGGGAAAGAUGGUAAUGUGCCUGAUCAUAUGCUUUGCUCGGAGAGUAAAGUAGAUGAUUCGGUUUAGAGAAAGUUACCAUUUUGUUGUUCUUUUUUUCAGUAUCGUUUAUUCAUAUCGUAUGAUUUGGAAUUGACCAAACGAAAAAGUCGAGUUUUUUCCUGGUGCUACUACUAGUUUAUAUAUGUAUAUGAGCUCU